UAAAUUUUCUUGCAAUUCAGUAUCUGUGCAAUCGUUGACGCAAUGAGGCAAUACUUGAACCCAAAACGUGUGGAAAUUCUCAUUGUCCUGCUGGUCAUGGGCGUGGCGCUGUGGAUGUCGCUUUUUGCGAGUGUCACAUUGAUUUUCCAAUUUGUGCCUACGUGCGUGAUGCUCUUUGGCAUUUUGAAGGCUCACCAGCAGCAUAAGUCUAAAUUUAUGCUCUUCUGGAUGUUGGCAACGACUUGUCUUUUCUGUCAACUGAUCAUCUAUUCCGUCAUCAAAUGGGAAUAUUGGGACAUUCUCAAUUCGAUAAUUUCAAUCUCCAUCAUGUGGUUAGCUGCAAUUGCCGUUCUCUAUAUGCUGACCAUCAUGUACAAUCAUUAUGUGGAGCUGACUCUGGGUCCCCAAGAGCCCGCAGAACCACCUAAAGAAACUGAAAUCUCGAAAGAGCAAUUGGCCAAAUUGAAUGGUCAAGUUUGAGGCCGCCAGUGUCCAACGCAACUGCUGCGAAUA